AUGAGUGUUCAAAAGAAAUGCAUAGAAAAAAAGAUACCCUGUAAGUUAUCGAGUAUUACUACUGAGAGGAUGACCAAUUUAGCAAUGAUGCUCUCCAAGGAUAAUCCAUAUACAGGCGUGAUAAAUUAUCAUUUGCAGAAAUUUUUGGACGGUAUGAUAAUGCGUCUGAAGGAGACAUAUUCAUCGCAGUUGGCGGAAGACAAGAUUUUCAAGCCGGUUUAUUUGUUUAACGUCAUCCCAAUUUCGGCGAUUCUUUGUGAUUUAAAAACGACGCCAUUAGUGCAUACAUUGUCGCGCGAACUUUCACGGCAGCGAGUCAUGAUCAUGUCCAUAACUUUUUCAAAUUUGAUGAGUAAAUACAAUGAUUACCAGAAGAAUGUCGGACCUUAUUGCCUUAUGCCCUUAUUCGUCGUUCUGCUCGACACCGAGGAGACCAUGUGCGAAUUCGCAAAUACUACAAAGGGCAUAAAACCCAUCUCUUUCCCUAUCUGGUUGAUUGUGUUUCUUCAGCAUCUUGGAAACCCUCUUAAAGACUACUGCACACAUCCUGCCAAUAACAUAUUUAACGUGGACAUUAGCACCCAAAUGCUGGUCUUGUGCUACAAUCGCCCGAUUCUAGUCGAGUGGUAUGCCAUUGGCGAUAACUAUACUAGAACGUUUGAUCUGGCUACAUGGUCUCCUGAUAGAGGUCUGAUCCUGAGAACGCAAGAAAAUCUGUACGCCAGGAGGAGCGACAUGUUUGGUGAUGUUGUACGCGUGACGAUUGUAAAUAACUCGCCAUUAGUCUCGCUGAAGAACGGUACGAUGGACGGAUUUUUUGGUUUACUACUGAUAGAACUCAGCAAAGUGAUGAACUUCACGAUAAAGAUUCUGGAUUUCAGAUUGGGUAAAGAUAAAUUAAACACGAAUGAACAAAAAGAAUUUCCCAUAGAAUCAUCGAUGAGGCUGGCUUUUUUUUCGAUUUACGUCUCGUCGGUAAUAAUUCUGUCCACCUAUUUCGCCUCAUUGAUCAGUUAUUUGGCACUCAAUACGGCUCAACUGCCUUUUUCCACUUUGGAGGGAUACGUUGAGGACGGCACUUACAAAUUGCUGGUUCUACAAAACAGCGCUGAAUACGACAUUCCUCUUUAUAGCAAGGACCCCUUAUUACUGAAAAUAUACGAAUCGCGGGAAAAUAAGUAUUAUUUACCGUUUAAUUUGUCUGAGGGAUUCAAGAAAAUUUGCGAGCGAAUGGACUUGGUGUUUUUGACGACGGAAUUAUUCGAAAACUAUAUGAGCAUUUAUAUACAGUGUCAGCUGGUAUAUAUUAAUACCGGAAGAAUGGAGGAUAUUGCGAUAACUUUAAAGAAAGGGAGUCCUUACACUAGCUUUAUAAAUUACCACUUGAGGCGAUUUCAACUUAACGGCGUUAUAAAUAAGUUACGAAACAAGAAUCCCUUAAAGAUGCCAAUGAAGGGCCUUAUUGGUAAUUUUACAGUCGAUAUAACCGAUGUAACGCCGAUUUUAACAAUUGUAGCAGGCAGCACGGUCCUGUCAUUAUUUAUUUUGAUAAUUGAGAAAGUAUAUUAUUCAUUUAAAUCUCUAAACUCUAAGAAUAAUGAAUCCAUUACAAAAUUCACUUACAAUCUUAAUGUGAGAAAUAAAUUGCGGAAAGAACUUAGACUUCAAGAAUUUUAUAAAAAAUCGAUUGACUAUUAG